ACUCCAAAAAUUAUCUUUUAAAAAAAAUUACAUCUAAAUAAUUCUCUUUUUAAAUGGGAAUGGAGUGUUACUGUCGGAGAUGACACUGAGAAGCUCUAAAAUUUUGACUUUGAGAUGGGAGUCAGAGUUUCUAGACCGGACUCAGCAGACACCCUACCGGACACACAAUGACGGCUUGAAGCCAUCAAGAGAAACUGCAAUGGAAUUUUGUUGGGAUACGGACCCAUUCCUAUUCCGUUCCGCCCACCAUUGGUGUACAGCUCCAAGGUAAAGAUACAUGCCGGAUUGAGAGCAAAACUCAGCUAUGAAAAUGACCCAUUACUCCAAGCAGCCAUGAAUGCGGCAUCACUUCGUUAUCAAGAGACCCAUAGACAAGAACGGCUUUUUGUUGACCCAUAUGCUGGUUGCUUUGUCCAUCCCAACAUUCAAAACGGAUUUAAAGAAGAAACGGAGUCAUUAGUGCCUUGCAACAAAGUUCAUUGAUGACAAGUUGCUUCGUACAGUUAACCAUAUUGAUGGGCUUAAGCAGGUUGUUUUGUUAACAGAUGGCAUGGAUACUCGGCCAUAUAGGCUUAACUGGCCAACUUCAACGAUUAUAUUUGAUAUUUCCCCAGAACAGGUGUUCAAAAGGGCUGCUGAAAAACAUAGAGAUGGAAACUUGGGGAAGAGCAUUUCGAAUGGUUGAGGAAGAGGGAGAUGAAGAAGGUUUUGAGGAGCUGUAAAUGAGAAAAAAACUUGUUAGAAGGCAAAGACACAAACACAUCUUUCCCCCUGUUCUGCUCUGUUUUAUCUCUCUAGCAAAAGUUAUGCUGCAUCUCCUGCUAAUUGUAUAGAAGACCCCAAACUAGAAUCAUAAAUAUACAGUACAUUUUAUUUUGUGUACGCCUGAUUGCUUUAAAGGUUUAACAUUUUUACAUC